UGCGUAAAGUGUAAGCGGAAGGUCUUCCGCUUGAGAUUGAAUGAUCUAGUGAGUCUGUGUGAUUGACUUUUUGAAUCAGCCAAUCACGAGCGAUAGAUCAUUGUCUGUCAAACCGAAGAAAACCCUUCUUGUGUACUGUGAUGCUGUGAAAAGAGAGGAUUUGUUGGCGUACAAGGUGGAAAGAGAAGAUGGAAGAUGAUGACUUCGGAUUUACUUUACGUGACGAUAAGGUCCUGCGCAAGGUUUUGACGUCACAAACGACGGUUGGAAAAGAAGAGUUGAAGGUGGGAGAGGUCGAGGGCCAGCGAGCACAGUUGCAGUGCUCCAAGGAGGCAGCUUUAAAAAACACCCCCGACGUAAACAGCGGAUUCAUUCCGGCUCCGGUCCCGGUACCUUUCAAAGGUACGGAAGGCGUGGUGAAGGGAGGCGCGACCUCACCGGAAACCGGAAGCAGUCCACUCGACAUACAGCAACGCACGAAGGCCUCAGUUGCCCGUAACACGCCGAACAUACCAAACGUGGUGGAGUACCACUUGAAAGUGAAGCCGCAGACCCAGAAGGACAUUCUCACUUACCAGAAAAGUCACCCAUCCGAGAUGAGAAAAGACAGAGACGCCUCGACCUUGAGCGAGGACACAAAAAGGGACAUUUCCUCAAAAAUCUCGAAGCUAACAAUCAACAACAAUGUCUUCGAAGGUUCAAAUGAACUUCCCCAAGUCUUCCAAGUAAAGUACCUUGGCUCGCAUGACGCCAGAGGUCUCUGGGGUAUAAAACACACUCGAAAACCUGUCGAUAACAUGGUAUCUGCUGCAAAAUCGUUACCGGCUGGGACGAUUUUGCCUUUUAUCAAACUCGUUGUUUCCGAAGAGGGCGUUGCCCUACUGCCACUCCGAGGUACGAAAAAACUGGACGCUGGAAUCUCCAAGGUCUAUCCAAUCGAGACGAUCUCCUACGGAGUUCAGGAUCUCGUCUACACUCGCGUUUUUACCAUGAUCGUCGUCCGAGAAACCGACAACUUCCGCCGGAUGUCACCCUUCGAGUGUCAUGGCUUCGUUUGCGAAUCAAAACAUCACGCGAGGCAAUUGACCUACGCAUUGGCGUCGGCUUUUCAAAUUUAUUCCCAGCUUGUCAAGUCCGCGCAAAACAAGAAUGAGGGGCAAAGCAGUACGAGAAAGAAGUUCGUGAUUGACUUGAGGAGUCCGGAUGAAAUUGAGGCUGACCUUAAUUUGGACUCUGAGGCGUGAAGGUGUUAAAAGGACUUGUGAAAUAUCUAUUGAGAUUGGUGAUGUGAUGUAAAUAUGUCGAUAAAACAGAGGAUUUUUAUUAGAUUUAGGUUUAGAAAGUAGACAAGAUUAAUUGGGAGAGAGGAAGGUUUUGGUAUUUUAAAUUUUUGUUUUCGAAAGCUCACAUUAUAAAUAUUUUGAAGUUUAAUUAUUUCAACUAAGGUAAUGUAUAGAAUUACUAAAAAUAAAACCAAGAAUCCAGCGACCAAAUCUGGUCAACUGCAAUAAAAUGUUCCAAUUGUAAUUUGAAAAAACAUCCUUUAAAAAAAACUUCCCAAAAAAGAAAAAAAAAUUUAGACAUAAAUAAAAAAAGAGGAAAGAAAAAUGAGAAGGCAAUGAACCAACAUAAGGAACACGAAAGAAAUAAGAAAACAGAAGCCAGGCGAUUUGGUUGGUUGCCUUCACAUUUUUGUUUCCUCUUUUUUAUUUUUGUUCAGCAAAAUUUGUUUCUUAAGA